AUGCCUUCCUGGAACGACGAGGAAACGAGCUCGGAGGAGGAGUGUGAGGUCGUCAGCAUGGACAUGGGACUUAUGUUAAGUUCUUUGCCACCUAGGGAGGAAUCAGACACCACUGUGGAGCCCCUUUUCUAUGGCCAACUUGAGCUUGCUCAUCCCAAGUGCAUUCUGCACCAACUGAGGCCUAUUAAGCGUGUUGCUUUUGAAGGGCCUGUAACAGGAAGGCGUUUCUAUGGCUGCCCAGUCCAGAACUGUGGAAGGGUACUUGACAAGGAGAAGUUUGAGAAGGAGUUGGCCAAGCUUAAGAGUGAACAUGAAAGGGAGUUGGCCAAGCUUAGGACUGAAAAUGACAAGCUUUGCAUUGAGUACACCAAGCUUGUUGAUGAUGUAUCCAAGAUGUUUGAUUGGCAGGAUGGUAGGGUGGACAAGAAGGUGUACCAGAAACAAGUGGAGGAGGAAGAACUUGAGAAGAAGAAGAAGGAGCUAGAGGAGAAAGCUAUGCUGGAGGUGCAGAUGGAAAAGCUCAAACUUGCAAAAGAGCAGAGGUGCAUUUUGCAGAGCCAAGCUGAUAUCAUCAAGAACACCAGGAAGGCUAUGAAGGAUGUUGAAGUUGACAGAGAUGUUCUUAAGAAGGCGAAGGAAAAGCUUGAGCUUGUUGUUGCUGAGCUGCUGAAAGAUGGGUAUGACAGCAAGGAGAAGUUAGAGCAAAUCAAGGCCAUCCUUGAGUCAUGA